ACAGACAAGUGGACAGUCAAACCAUGCAAUGGCAGUGACAAAUCGGUCAGAGUCGGAGAUAACAAUAUACAGUAUAUAACAACGUUGAAGAUUGAUUAUGGACAGGAAAUAGCCCACCCUUUCGGCUAGAAGAGGUUCGGAUGAGCAGUUUUCUAUUCUUAAAUUACUAAUCAACAGGGAACAUUUCGUAUCAAGUUCUUUAGGAGCCCUCUUGAAAGGAUUAUUAUUCGUGAUGAACAUUUUUCGGGAAUUUACCUUAGCCAAGUUAAUUGUUUAAUAGCACUGGAAAUCUACAAGUAUAUUAUAACAUAGAUUAUAGCGCAAUAAUCAAUAAACCUGCGAAUCUCUGAUAAGGUUUUGGUACGAAUCUGAAAAUCAUAUUUAUCUACUAAAUAAUUUCUCUUUAACACACAUAAUGUUAACCAAACGUCGAUAGCCAACAUAAAACCCCUUUUCAGUCUGUUAGUCCCCAUUAAUGCAGGUCGCUGAAAUCCAUUUUUUUAUGGCGACACAUGAAACCAAUUGCUGAUCUAAGCGAUUUGAACGAGUUCUUUGAAAACCUAUGUACAUCAGCAAACCACACGCUCCAAGCUCAGUUUUAUUCAGUUUGUAUUCAAAGAUGGUCACACAGAAGGUUCCCUUCGUUUUGCUGGUUCUUGCUCAGGCGACUGCGAAUGCAGCGUGGCUGUUGCCCAAGGCUGGCUUCAACGAAUCCAGCUACAGUGUCCGUCAUCUGUCGAUGCAUUACUCGAGAGUAUUUCUCAGUGUGACAGUAAAAGGGAACGAUUCACCCACACUAAUCGAGGCCCAGUGGCCGGUAUCGCGCUUUCCAAUGCCAACUGUGAUAUUUCCCCACCGCGACGUACACGCGAAUGGGGCUCAUUCCGAUUGUACGCUGCUGCAGCAAGCGCAUUGGUCGCAGGUGGACAGCCUCAGUCGCUUGUGGGUUAUGGAUGUCGGCUGGCCGGGCAGCAGGUGUUCCCCCAGGCUGUUCGUCUUUGAUUUGAUACGCAACAAUGCGGAGCUUCUGAGAAUUGACUGCGGUCAGCACAUUGACUCCAACAACACCCAAAGCUUGGUUGUAAAAUUGGGACCCAGGAUAGAGAGCUGCAAACUUGAACGACACAUAUAUUUCAUCCAGGGCCAAAGCCCGCAUAUUCUGGCCUACGACAUACUGGAGCAGACCUGGCGAAGUCGUUCCCUGAAGAGCCACAAGUACGAGAGCAUGCAGCAAUCAUUUCCCAUCAAGCCAAUUGACUUCACUUUUGGUCUUCAGGGCGAAUUAAUUGUUGCCGAUCAAGAUGGCGGGCUCUAUAGCUCCGUAGACGUUCUGCAAUGGGAAGAGAAUGCUGGAUUUUCCUCCAAUUCUCUAGAAAAAAAACACAUACAACUCACCCGUCUGGGCACCCUUUUGGGCAAGGCUCGCAGCAUGAUCAUGGACAGCUUGGGAACCUUGUACUAUGCCAUAUCCAAGUUUGGAGCGGUUGUGCGGUGUGUCCAGCUGGCUAACAUCACGGCCGAGGGUAAUGAAAUCAUCUAUCUGACAUCGAAAAACAUACAACAAAUAUUUUUUGGCACCAAUGGCGCCGUGUGGGUACUAAGUGAUCGUGUCUUGAAGACACAAGAUAUGUGUUUUCCUGGAAUUUUGUAAAACGAUAUGCACAUUUAAACUGUUACUUAAAAUGACUAAAUAUAUAAACCAAAAGCAAACAAAUUGUAAGACCUUUCCGCCGCU